AAGGAGCAAUAUGUGAAAUUCAUGUUCGUAGUGUAUGUAUGUAGUAGUCUAGAAGAUCGCUCGGCCCGAAACAUAUGGAGACGGCCACCUUUCGCGGCACGACCUGCCAACAUCAUCAAACCUUACACAUUUCCAGGCUAGCUUCGCCAACCCCAAUUAUCCCCGGACUUGUCUUGUCUGGGGCACAUGAGCUAGGCUUGCGUGGGGUAUCUGAACAAUGUCGCUCACGUCGAUCUGAGCCGCGCAGGCCCAACCGUCUUGUGAGCCUCGCCAGUUGUGUAUUUAAUGUCCACAACUCGCUCCCCCGAACACUGCUCUCUUCACGGGCCAUCCCAGAUAGCCACUCCAUCCAUUCAGCUAGGUCUUGGUUCUUGUCCGACCAGGAGCAGGCCUUUUCUUCCUCCUCUGCACCUGAUUCUGCACUGCAUCUUGUCUCGAGCCGGAACCUCAAACACUACCCAUCAUGUCCAAAGCCAACGGCGAAGAGUUCGCCAAAGCCUCGCAAAUCGAGAAAACAGCGAGCAAGGCCGAUGCUGUCCUUGAGCAUGUAGCUGAAGCCGCACGGACAGCUGCACACGAGCUGAGCCCAUUGGAGGCGGUGCACGGAUACCCCAAGGCCAUCUUUUGGAGCUUGAUCGUGUCCAUGUGUGUCAUCAUGGAAGGCUACGAUACCAUCCUCAUCGGCAACUUCUAUGCGUACCCCCAGUUCGCGGCGAAAUUCGGGCAGUUCGUUGACGCCAGUGGCCGCCCGCAGCUGUCUGCUGGUUGGCAAGCCGGUCUGAGCAACGCCAGCGUCGUCGGUUGCUUCAUUGGCGGCCUGGCCAACGGUUGGCUCGUGACAAAGUUUGGCCAGAAGCGCGUCAUCCUCGCCGCGCUCGGUGUGCUCUCCGCCUUCAUCUUUAUCACGUUCUUUGCUCAGAACAUCAUCAUGCUUCUGGUCGGCCAGUUUCUGUGCGGACUGCCCUGGGGCAUUUUCGUCACGUCGGCGCCCGCCUAUGCGUCUGAGGUGUUGCCACUCAGUCUGCGUGUCUACUUUACCAGUUGGACAAACAUGUGCUUCAUCAUCGGCCAGCUCAUUGCCGCCGGCGUCUUGGCUGGUCUGGUCAACACACCGGACCAGUGGGCCUACCGCAUUCCUUUCGCCUUGCAGUGGACGUGGCCGGCCUUUCUGUUCCCCAUCUUGUGCUUCGCUCCAGAGUCCCCCUGGCAUCUCGUGCGCAUUGGCAAACUCGACGUUGCGCGCAAGUCUCUGCAGCGCCUUCAGAGUUCAGAGGCCUCCGCCAAGAUCAGCAUCGAUGCCACGCUUGCGGAGAUUGUGCACACCAACAACACUGAGAUCGAGCUCCAAUCUGGCACCAGCUACAGGGACUGCUUCAAGGGGCCGGAGCGUCGCCGCACUGAGAUCGCGUGCGUGUCCUUCGCUGGCCAAGUCCUGUCCGGCUCAACUUUCGCCUACAACUCGACAUACUUUUUCCAGCAGGUCGGCCUCGCAACAUCCGAGACCUACUAUCUCAACACGGGCGGCACCGCGCUGGCCCUUGUCGGCACGCUAAUCAGCUGGUUCGCCAUCAUGCCGUACGUUGGACGCAGGACCACCUAUUUCUUCGGUAUGGGUACGCUUUGCGCGAUCCUCACGAUCAUCGGUGUCCUCAACGUUUGGACCGACAAGGGCAAUGUUGACAUGGUACAAGCCGUGCUGACCCUCGUCUGGACCUUUGUCUUCCAGCUGUCCAUCGGGCAGCUGGGCUGGGCUAUCCCCGCCGAGAUUGGUUCGACGCGGCUGCGUCAGAAAACCAUCUGCCUUGCGAGGAACUCGUACUACAUUGUCGCUGUCAUUUCCCAAGUCAUCCAGCCCUACUUCAUGAACCCCGGCGAGCUCAACCUCAGUGGCUAUACGGGCUUCGUCUGGGGUUCGACGGCCUUCCUGACCUUUGUUUGGGUCUGGUUCCGCCUGCCAGAGUCAAAGGGACGAACCUUUGAGGAGCUUGAUCUUCUGUUUGCCCACGGCGUGCCAGCGCGCAAGUUCAAGAAUGCCGAGGGAAGAAGGAAAACCGCUCGUGGUGGUGUAGAAGAGGUCGGGUGUGCCGUCGUGAAGCAAAGUUGA